CCCUCUUCCAUUUUUACUCGAAUUUCCCCCUUUGUUGGCAUCCCGAUAUUGUCCCCUCCAACGCACAAGAUGUCCUGUUGCCUUCUCAACAAAGUUGUCAAAAUUUGAUGAAAUAUCCCCACUCCUAUGCAUAACUUCAAAUCAUUCUCCCCUCCCUCCAGCCGACAAGUUCAAUGCUCCAAAGCGUGACAGACAAUUUUGUCUCCUACUUCCUCCUCCUUGCAUUCCUUGUUUCCCUCCCUUCUCCUCCUUUCGUGGAACACUGGAAAACGGACAUCGAAACGUGGAAGUGUACUUAGUUUCCUCUAAGCCUUCACUCGAUCGCCUCAGGCCCGUUCGAGUGACUCUAAAGAGAAAGCUGGGCGCGAAAGCGAGCAAGAAGCCCUGCGAACGCGACCGCUGGAGCCGGGAUUGUUAUAAUCCAGCGUUCAUGGAGAGACUCGGGCAGAAGCUGGAUUCUUCUCGCCGAAGAAGCAAGCACAGCAUCCGCUGUUCCAGUCGCUGAAUUUGACAUAUUCACGUUCGCUUAACCACUUGUUGAAUCAUCCUUGGACUACGAGUUCCACCGAAGACCGUCUCAAGUUUGAGAGCAUCCGAUUUCAAAGUGUUACAUGGUUCAGAAACUCUCAACCCGAUUCCUUAUAUCUUGGACCAUUGUUCAGGACACAAUUUAUAGUGAUCGCUAUUCUGAGGUCACUGAUGAGUUUUAAAUUCUCACCUCACAGUUCACACACCCGCUUGCACAACAACCCGAGUGCCCAUCUGUAUUUUCCAUCCCACAAGAAGGUGGUACAGCUCCAAGACUCCAUUGACGAGGACCACUUGACAGCGCGCUCCAGUACCCCCUCGUCGCCUUCUAACCGGAAGAUUGCGCCAAUUAUGAGCACAUUGGGUGGUCUUCUCAAGCGAUCAAAUCCACACCUUGGUUCAUCCAGCCUGUGCUCCUCCUCCCAAGGGUCCUCGGACCACGACAGCUUCGAUUCUGACCCGGGAUUCCCACCCAAGAAGACCGUCACAUCCUCGUUAUCUCAUCCACCUCUCCAAAGCUCAAGUCAAACCAUGAAUCGGAGGGGUCGAUUACCCUCGUUCAAUCGGAGUUACGAGAGCACGGACAGCUCGAACAGUAGCAGCAAUACUAGUGAUUUGUCAGCCGGAAAGGCUAAUUACCGGAUUAUGAUCUUGGGGGCCAAGACCACGGGGAAAACAUCGAUUGUUCGCCAGUUCCUCUAUGACCAAUUCUCGACGGUCCACAAGGAGACCGUGGACGAUAUGUAUCGGGGAGAGUUCGACAUCUGUCACCAGACCGUCGGUUUUGACAUUCAAGAUGUAUCCGGGGGCUAUGUGUACGAGUUCCCGGGGAUGAGAAACGUGUCUCUCGCCUCCGCUGAUGCCUUUAUUAUUGUUUACGCUGUCAACGACCCCGAGUCUUGGGAGGAGGUCUCUCGCCUUCGAGACAUGAUUCACGAGGCCAAAGACGAGGAGGUGCCCAUUGUGGUGGUGGCCAACAAGUGUGACCUCGACAAGGACCCGAGUCUUUCCUGCGAAACAAUCGAAGCCACCGUCAUCUUUGACUGGGAGAAUGGCUAUGUCCAAAGCUCAGCCAAGGACCGGGUCAACAUCAAUAAGAUCUUCAAGGAGCUCAUGAACCAAGCCAAGACCAAGUACGACUUCACCGUCCCGCAGAUCUCGUCCGCUUCGGUUCUUCUCAGUGCUCAAAGUGCUCGCGGGUGCUCACCCGCCAUUCAUAAACGAGGGUUUGAGGACAACCUUCGGAGGCGACAAUCGGUUCCGGCAGUUCCAGCGGGAUUCAACUUACAAUCAACCAUUACAAAUGAAGGCGGUGAAGGCUGCUCAGCCUCGUCUUCUGGCUCCGGACAUCAAGGUCCGCUGGCCACGCUCAUGAGCAAGAUGCAGACACAUUCCCGGAACCACGAGCCGGUGGGGCCCGUGCUACCCGGACCUGCGGGCUAUCCCGAGCUCCCCAAGGUGGAAACACCCAAGGCCAAGAACAAACGAAGAUCCUCGCUGGCCGCCCUUCGGCGAGAUUCUUGCAAGAUAUCCUAGGAUUGGAGAGCGUAUUUUGUCAGGAAAAAUGUGCCAAUUGCCAAUUUCAAAUAUUUGUGAACAAUUGAACAUUCUAGUCUUGUUGCAUGAAGGGCUCAAAAGAGCAGCUUAUCAUUUGAUAUUUUAUUAGUUUGUUGUUCCGCAAUCAAAGAAUAUUACUAUUUCAAUGCCAACUUUACUGAAAUGUUACACAGAAUUAAAAUAGAUUAUUAUUAUGA